AUGCUGAACACCCCCACCCACCGACCAACAGAUUUUGUUCAGACUUCGAGCUCACCUCGGGACAAGUGCGACUUGACCGUGGAUCGCUGCCUUUCUCUAUUUUUCGCUGCCCCCCUAUCUCUCGCUGCCUUAUCCUAUCCCUCGUUGCCUUCUCGCUAUCCCUCGCUGCCUUAUCCUAUCCCUCGCUGCCUUAUCCUAUCUCUCUCUGCCUUAUCUAUCUCUCUCUGCCUUCUUGCUAUCCCUCGCUGCCUUAUCCUAUCCCUCGUUGCCUUCUCGCUAUCCCUCGCUGCCUUAUCCUAUCUCUCUCUGCCUUAUCCUAUCUCUCUCUGCCUUAUCCUAUCUCUCUCUGCCUUCUUGCUAUCCCGCGCUGCCUUAUCCUAUCUCUCUCUGCCUUCUCGCUAUCCCUCGCUGCUUUAUCCUAUCUCUCGUUGCCUUCUCGCCAUCUCUCGCUGCCUUUCCCUAUAUCUCGCAGCCUUUAUCAGAAAAUUUUAA